AUGUCCGCUAGCAGUGUUGGCGAGUGGUCGUCCGUUUUGACGUUCAUAGUUUUCUUUCUUACAAACAUCAUAGUCAUCCUUCCUUUUCGCAUUCCCAUCCCUCAAUUCCUUGCUUCGUUUGCCUAUGGUCUUCUGGUGAAAUGCUACAUCGUGCCUCCCUCAAGCGAACCCCACCGGCGUAUAUAUAUACGCGUUAAUUCUCUGUCCGCCCCCUUCAUCGCCGUUCUAUUCCUCCUCGCGGUGCAAGCGAUCGAUGGGAUGGUUGUAAAAAAAGGUAUCCUUGGUGCAGAUGGGGUGCAGCCGAUAAAUAUCAUGGCCUUGUUCAUUUCUUUGGCAUAUAUCUCUAUCUCUCUUGACGCAACUGGUCUGCUGCGAUUCCUUGCAUUUUGGGUUGCACAGAAGGGCGGGUCGUCAGGUCAUCGUCUCUAUCUUUAUCUCUAUGUCUUCUUCUUGGUGUGUGGAGUGAUCGUCGGUAAUGAUCCUGUGAUCUUGUCGGGCACUGUGUUUUUAGCGUAUCUGACUCGCAUGUCUGGGUGUGUCAUCACGCCUCCCACGGCUUGGAUUUUUGCGCAAUUCACAGCGGCCAACAUGGCCUCGGUAGUCCUUGUCUCAUCCAACCCAACAAAUCUAGUUCUGUCCGGUGCCUUUUCCCUUACCUUUGUCACAUAUACCUCUUCUCUCAUACUUCCCUUCCUCGCCGCCGCCGCUCUGACGUACCCUUUCCUCAAAUUUGUUCUUUUUCGAUCGGUCGAGUUCAUUCCACCGUCGAUCGAGUUGCCCAUGGAUGAGGCAGGCCACAGCGCAAGCGUCAAUACCCCGACUGCAGCUCUGGUGGACAAAUCCGGCGCAAUAUUUGGCAGUGCUUUACUUAUCUCAACGUUAGGUGUGCUUGUCGGGACGAGUACGAUCGGCGUCCCAGUAUGGGAAGUCACGGUUCCUCCAGCGGUGAUCAUGUUAGCCAGAGAUAUCUGGAUGGACUGGAAGAGGCAUAAUGAAACCAUGCGGGAGACCGAACAAGCCGUGUCUCAGCCGAAACAGAUUGGUGACGGCACCGUGAAUGCGAUUGAAUUACGCCGAAUCCAUUCAUUUGCCGCCAUCUCUCCCGCGCUAGGGCCAACUACUUCGCCGACUCUCUCCUCGCUCCUCUCACUCCAGACACUCAAAAAGAUAUUUCCAACUGUUCACGUUAUUGUUCAGAGGCUGCCGCUAGCAUUGCUUCCCUUCGCCUUUCUGAUGUUCAUCCUUGUCCAAGGCCUCGCGAGUAAAGGGUGGGUUGGUCUAUUUGCGGAGUGGUGGCGCGUAUGGACCAAUAAGACAGGACCAGUAGGCGCCACGUUCGGCAUGGCCAUCGUUUCUGGACUACUCUGCAACAUAUGUGGUACUAACAUCGGGACGACGAUACUCUUGGCACGUACAGUUCAGCAAUGGCUGUCCGUCGCUCAACCAUCCGCAAUGCUCCGUUAUGCGUCGAUCUAUUCUCUCGCCCUCGGAUCUAACUAUGGAGCAUUUACGUUAGCGUUUUCCGCCUCCCUCGCUGGGCUUCUGUGGCGAGAUAUACUACGACACAAAGGGAUACAUGUUCGUCAAGCACAAUUCGCGACCUUGAACGCUGGAACCUUCGCCAUAGCGAUAGUCGCAUCGUGCGCAGUGCUUAUAACGCAGUCAUACGUGAUCCAUGGGAAGGACUGA